AUGGAAUUGAGAGAAAUGCAUACUGAAACACUUUCGUAUACUGUAGAUGCCAAACCGUCUACGUUUGAGUAUUACACGGAGCGUUACUAUCAUCAGUAUCUUGUGAAAAACUGUAAAGGUGUGGAAAAUAACAACUGUAGAUUACUAGUUCAUAGCAAUGGUCUUUGUAUUCUUUGUAUUGAUGAAUCACACGCCGCAGUUCGUUCGUGUCGAGAAAAAAAAGUUACAGCUGAGGAAAAUGAUUCAGGAGUAAAUCUUCAUAUAGCUUCAGUAACGUUUGGAUCAGGUCGUGGUAACUCGAAAAUGACCCCAGAAGGUGUUCGAGUAGUUGGAAAACGCAAGAAGAACGCUAUUAUAUGUCAAGAAGAUACUAAAGUUUGUGUAGUGACAAUGUCAGAUGGAACUGUGUAUAAUAUUCCCGCUUGUAUAGAUGGUUUUGUGUUGGAGCUGAACGCGGCAGUUCAAGAACGACCCUCACUACUUGUAGAAGCACCCGUAACAGAGGGAUAUAUUGCUAUUAUAUCCCCAAACCAUUCUAAAGUGAAUUACAGCAAAUAUAUAAAGAUUUCUACAGCAACCGGAGGAGAUAUUAUGGAUGAGGAUGAAGAAGAUUUGGUGAGAAAUGGGACCGAUUAA